GUAAAAUGUCGGUUCCAGGACCUUACCAGGCAGCCGCCGGGCCGUCCUCAGUGCCGUCCGCGCCCCCGUCCUAUGAAGAGACGGUGGCUGUUAACAAUUACUACCCCACGCCUCCAGCACCCGUGCCUGGGCCAACAACGGGGCUCAUGACAGGCCCGGAUGGGAAGGGCAUGAAUCCUCCUUCGUAUUACACCCAGCCAGUGCCCGUGCCCAACGCCAACGCAAUCGCUGUGCAGACGGUCUACGUGCAGCAGCCCGUCUCCUUUUUCGACCACCCUGUCCAGAUGUGCUGUCCCUCCUGCAACAAGAUGAUCGUGACUCAGCUGUCCUACAACGCCGGCGCCCUGACCUGGCUGUCCUGCGGGAGCCUGUGCCUGCUGGGGUGCAUAGCAGGCUGCUGCUUCAUCCCCUUCUGCGUGGACGCCCUGCAGGACGUGGACCACUACUGUCCCAACUGCAAAGCUCUCCUGGGCACCUACAAGCGUUUGUAGGACUCGGCCGGACGUGGAGGGAGCUGGGUGCUGCAGAAAGUCCCUUCCGACUCUCGUCCAGCCCCGCCCCUGGUGGAGGUUCCGCUCCAGUGGUCUCAUCUCUCCAGGGGGCCCACCUUCGUGUCUUCUUUUGGGGGGAAAAAUGUCACAAAACUAACAAACCUCCAAACUCCAGAAAUUGCUGCUUGGAGGCUUGCACAGGACAUGCAGAGACGUUCCCCUUGAGUGCUGGUUCGAGGGUCUCCUGCCUACCCGUGACCCCGAGUCAUCCCAUCUAACUGUGAUCGUUGCCCCACCUGAAUACUUCCCUGUGAUUUACCAUCGGUCGGCUCCUUUUCCUGCCUCAGUGGGCCUUUCUGGUGGGCUCAACCUGGGAAGCCACAGGUUGCCUUAUGUUUAAGGCUGUUCUGCCCCGAAUGCGGCCGAACCAGCCUUUAGUGCCUACCGCCUUACCCACCUGUCCCCACCCCUGAUGACAAACUCUUGCCUUAUAGACCUAAUGGGCUUGGCUCUUAGAUUCUGUAAUUGCAGACUUCAUUAGCACACAUACUCACUUUAAUUUUUAAAUUUUUUUUUUUUAAGUACAAGGAGAGGCUGUUAACACCCACUAGACAAAUAUCCGUGAGGUCAUCAGCGCGUGCUAGAGAAAUCGGGCUGGGUUUUAUCGUUGGUCUGCCUCCCUGUUCUUGUGCCAGAUCCUUAGCACCACUUUGCAUGAAGGGACUUUUUUCCCCCUACAUUUAUUGUAUUAACAGUGUUUAUGCCCUCCUUUGGGUAUUAAACGCCUUCAAACACAAUUUUGAAAGGAGGGCUUUGUAAAACCAUUUUCUGUGACCAUAUGAUUGGUAUUGUUUUCCCACUUGCCAAUGAAUGCACUCUCACUUUUUGUUGUUAACAGUAAAAGAAGUGGAUAAUUUCGUUUAUUCCCUUUACUUGGGUCAGUGUGGUUCUUAAAAACCUCCAUCAUGGAACUUUGAAGGUGGAGUCCUGUUUGGGUCGCCAGUGGUGGCUUUAGAAAGAGGAGGGAAGGCGUGUUUGAGCACGUCUUAGCACAGUGGUGCUGGAAAGCUUGGAAACCAAAACUGUUUCAAAGGAAUCUAAAGUCUGAUCUUGUUUUCCAGAGAUACAGUUUGUUGCCUGACAUCGGAAGCCAUGACUUCCAGGACUCAAGCAGCAAGCCAGAGGUCUAGGUUGGUGGCUGCAUCGUCUUGGAACUCAAGACAAAGCCAGGCUUGACUUUCAGGAGCCCCGAUUUGAUAAUAAAUUGGCACAGGGAUUUCAUGUGAAUGAUAUUAUGUAGAAAGAAAACUUAGACCUUGAACGAAAAUCUGUAUAUCGGUUGAAAAUGAGAGUCGUAACCAUUGAUUUGCCUUAUCCGUUUGAUGUUUUGAAAAUUCCAGUAAUUAUUUUUUUGCAAUGAAUAUGGAUACCACAUAGUACUUUGGUGUUACCUGUUUUUAAGAAAUAAAGUCUUUGGUUCACUCGAUGAACUAUUUAUCAGUUCUUAACGGUGUGAAGAAAGGUCUCAUGUUGUGUUUCCAGCCUUUCCUACAAAGAACCUUUAUUUGCUCCGUAACAGCAGAAAAAUCCUUCCUGGUAAAAACUUCAGACUGGCUGAAUAUCCUGCAAUGUCAAGAUGACCGAUGUGGAGUUGGGCAGAUUGCUAACGAAUCAGAUUUGAACAUUAGGCUGUUGGAACCCAACAGGCGUCAUCGGUGGCAGCAAGCCAUAGCUUUCAAGUUUUAAUAAAAUGCACAGAAGA